AGCUCGCGCGCGCGAGGAAUUGCCGGUCCUCAGUGUGUGAGUGAGAGGAGGAGCAAGAGGGUCCCGGAGGUUGAGGGGGACUCGGCGUGAGAGGAGGAGCAAGAGGGUCCCGGAGGUUGAGGGGGACUCGGCGUGAGAGGAGGAGCAAGAGGGUCCCGGAGGUUGAGGGGGACUCGGCGUGAGAGGAGGAGCAAGAGGGUCCCGGAGGUUGAGGGGGACUCGGCGUGAGAGGAGGAGCAAGAGGGUCCCGGAGGUUGAGGGGGACAGCGUGAGGGAGUGCCGGGAAUUGGAGUGUGAGAAGGAGGUAGCCAAAGUGUGUUUGAGAGAGGAGGAGGCAGUGAGUGACCAGGGGUCUUGGGGGACGGGAAUGAGCGAGUGACCAGGAUCGGACAGCUAUCCCGGGUGUGUAGGCGUUUGAAACUCGGACUGGGUCCGGGAGCUGGAGUCUGAGGGACCAAGACCAGAGUCGCAGAGGGCGAGGGCGAGGGCUUGCGGGUGACUGGGAGCUGAUCCGGAGUCCCGACCAGGUAUCAUGUUCAGCUGGCUGUCCGGUUCGGAGGCCUCCGGGAAGGACUCGAUGGUGUUUGAGACGGUGUCCGAGGGACUGCGGUCCCUGUACCACAAGAGGCUCCAGCCUCUGGAGGAUUACUACCAGUUCCACCAGUUCCACUCGCCCGCUCUGGAGCAGGCUGACUUCGAGAACAAACCCAUGGUGUUGCUUAUUGGGCAAUACUCAACCGGCAAGACAACCUUCAUCAGAUACCUCCUGGAACAGGAUUUUCCAGGGAUGAGAAUUGGACCUGAACCAACAACAGAUUCCUUCAUUGCUGUGAUGUAUGGAAAAGAAGAAGGCAUCAUUCCUGGCAAUGCACUUGUUGUGGAUCCCAAAAAACCUUUCCGAAAACUGAAUUCUUUUGGAAAUGCUUUCUUAAACAGGUUCAUGUGUGCUCAGCUACCAAAUCAAGUGCUGGAAAGCAUUACUAUUAUUGACACACCUGGAAUACUCUCUGGGGAGAAGCAGCGCAUGAGCAGAGGAUAUGACUUUUCAGAAGUCUUGAGAUGGUUUGCUGAAAGAGUUGAUCGCAUAAUCCUGCUUUUUGAUGCCCACAAGUUGGAUAUAUCUGAUGAGUUUUCCGAUGCUAUCAAGGCACUAAGAGGCCAAGAUGACAAAAUCAGAGUUGUUCUGAACAAGGCUGAUCAAGUUGAUACACAGCAACUGAUGAGGGUAUAUGGUGCCUUGAUGUGGUCCCUUGGCAAAGUGAUUGACACCCCUGAGGUCGUCCGUGUCUACAUAGGUUCUUUCUGGUCAAAACCCCUCCAGAUUACAGAAAAUCGGAAACUCUUUGAAAUGGAAGCAGAGGAUCUCUUCAAGGAUAUUAAGGGUUUACCUCGGAAUGCAGCACUACGUAAACUUAAUGACCUCAUCAAAAGAGCCAGGCUUGCAAAGGUUCAUGCGUAUAUCAUCAGUUACUUAAAGAAGGAGAUGCCAGCAAUGUUUGGAAAAGAUGCAAAGAAAAGAGAAAUGAUAAACAGACUUCCAGAGAUAUAUAUGAACCUCCAGCAGGAACAUAAUAUCUCUGCUGGUGAUUUUCCCAAUGUAAACAAAAUGCAGGAAAUGUUGCAGUUAUAUGACUUCAGCAAAUUUCAUAGUCUAAAACCCAAACUGCUGGAGGCAGUAGAUGAAAUGUUGGCCAAUCACAUUGCCCAACUGAUGAACUUGAUCCGGCGUGAAGAAGCAAGCCAACCAGCACAGGAAGUGACGGGUGGUGCGUUUGAUGGCAAUGUUAAUGGACCCUUUAAUGAAGGCUAUGGUGAAGGAGCUGAAGCAGGAAUAGAUGAGAGUGAGUGGAUUGUGGCAAGGGAGAAGUCAAAAUAUGAUGAAAUUUUCUACACUCUCUCUCCAAUUAAUGGCAAAAUCAAUGGGAACAAUGCAAAGAAAGAAAUGGUCAAGUCUAAAUUGCCAAACACUGUCUUGGGGAAGAUCUGGAAAUUGGCUGACUACGAUCGUGAUGGAAUGCUGGAUGAUGAGGAAUUUGCUCUGGCCUGUCACCUGAUUAGCAUUAAACUUGAAGGUUAUGACUUGCCUGGUGAAUUACCAGAGCACCUCAUACCUCCAUCACAAAGAAAGAAUUGAGUUCAUUUAGCAAUUUAGGAUGGAGUCUAAUCGGUGAUAGGAUGGGAGAAUGAGCUGAUUUUUAAAUUCAAGGGUAUGAUGGAAAAAUAUGCAGGUUUUGCUUUAAAAUAAAAGCCCAAGUACUAUAUGUUCUAAAGCUAAGCUAGGCAUUUAAACUUUUAUGUUAAAUUGUGUGCUUUUAACAGUGAUAAAAAUACUGGUGUUCCUCAUUGCAGUUUCUAAAACUUGCAUGCCCCCAGAGUGCACAUUGUGUUAAAUUAAUUCAAUGUUUUCUAUAAUUUGUUUCUACAAUCUCCUGACUGAUUUCAAUUGUGCAGAGAUAUUUCUAUUUUUUGAAUUAUGUAAGUCAAUUUAAAAUUUCAACACUUGUCAUCUCCCUGUUAUCUGGAUGGCUGGGAAAUCUGACAAGUUUGAUGUGUUUUUAGUGUGUCCAAGACAGGAAACUUUAUGCUCCUGAGAGGGCUGCCAAUGUGCAGUACUCCAUUGGGACAGGGUUUGUUACAGGCUUCAUCUUCUACAUCAAAUAAUUUUAUGACUGCUAAUUGUUAGCAACUGUAUAUAAGUAAAACAUCUUAAAAGAGCCUUACACUAUAAAUUGAAAACUCAAGAUAGCUCUUUUGGCAUGUACUGUUUGGAUUUGACCUAUGCAGUAACUGGUUAAUCCAUUCUUUUAGUGUUGUCAAAGUAGAGUUUAUAUGUGGACUACUUAUACCAAAUCAUUUAAAACUUCCUGGGGAAAAGAUUGCAGAGGGCAAAAUUUAGAAAUUGAUUCUUGCCCUCAAAUAUUUUUACCAAUUGGAAAAAAGGCAAUAACUGUGAAAGAGUAAGUUCCAUGUGCUGCUCAGACCACAACAAGGAGGCAAAGGGUCAAAUCCCAGAACCUGUACCAUGCAGUAACAGUAUGAAUCAUGUGAUGGAGAAUGAAGUAUUUACAUUCUAUUGAAAAAAAUGUACAGCUAUAUUUGACAAUGUAGGCUAUACAUGUCAAAAAGAUGUGCUCCAGUGCCUCAUCACAAAUGACUGAUCUGCUGAAAAGAGAUACUCUUCCUCAUUUUUAAUGUCAUUGCACUUCACAAUGGUUUUGGGGACUGAAAAUAAUCUGAUCUAGUGUUAAAGGUGAUGUCCCAAUAGGGACAUACAUGCUCAUGGCAGAAAUGGUAAAUUUUGAGGUGUAUUUAUAUUCAAAAAUAAUGGCUGAAGAUUGCAUUUAUAGUGUGAUUUUUAACAUGGAACUCUCAAACUAGUUCAAGAAAAGGGUACCAUGAAGAGUAAGUUACACUUCUAAGUUGAACUUGACCGUGUGGAUAUGAAAGAGUAAUGUACAUUAUACAUUGUAACACACAAUGUAUACGUAGCUGCAAAGUAGCUUGAUCUAUGCAAUCACAAAUGUGUUUUUUUCAUGUUUGGAAUGAGGGUCUUAAAAAUCCAAACUAGCCUGCACUAAAUCUUUAUUAGCUCUGUGGUCAGUUGUUCUAGAGGGUAAGGAAAAUAGCAAAUAUUAUUAAACUACAUCAAUGUAUCAACUGAGUGUAGAAUAUAUGCAUGUUUGUACUACUAACAUUUCUUUUAUACAUUAUUUUGCUGCAAAUUUGAAUAAUGUGCUAAAUCAGCAAAGUGUAUAUUUGUUUCUUGAUCAUCUGUAAUUUCUUAACAGGGUAAACUGCUGAAAACUAAUUUGAAAACUGAUGAGAACAUUUUGGUUAAUGUUCUUUUGCAAGCCUCUUCAAAUCCUGAAAUUUUAGGAAGAGUUCCAUUUCUAAACUCAGCCAUCUUCAGUCAAGUACUGUGCAGGGAAAAUCAUGACUUAGGUUAGUUCUAUUGAGUGUAGAUAAUAUGACUGCAAGUUUUCAUAGAAGCUUUGUUUCAAUUUAUGAAGUGUAGUUGAUUUAAGCAUACUAUUUUCUUAGAUGUACUGUCAAGACAUUAUAUAAAAUACUGAACAUGGAAACUGCUGGUUCUACCACUAAAUUGUCAAUAAGGAUAUAGAAACUGUUCAUUGGAACUCCCCUAGAAGUUUAAGAAUUCAUACAAUUUUUUAACCAAGCAUCCUUGUAUUAACUGUAGAAAGGAAAUAUGAGCUGUUGUAAAUUAUCUCACACAGCUAAUGAGAAGUAAAGCAUCUAUGCUCUCACAAAUAGAUCUGGCUUCCAAACGUUUUCCUGGAUAUGAAGCUUUGUUUCUAGGCAUAUUGGUAAUUUGUGGUAAUCUGCAAUCUGCCUGUUUCCUUCACUAGGAGUGUCUGAAUUAUAAAUAAUUCAUGACAUUUGUCUGUCUGUAUGUUGCAAAAGUUGUCAUUUUGUUUUGGAUUUCUGACUAGAAUUUUACCUAUAUUGCAACUGUGUUGUCUAGCAUUGCUAUCCACAAAGACUUUAAUUGCUGUGUGAACUAUCCCAACUGUUUUGAAUAAUUCAGUUCUUAUAAAGUUUCUGUAUUUCUCUUCCAUGGUUGCCAAUCAUUUUAAACAUCUGUUCAAAACAACAAGCUGUACUAAUUUGGAGCUGAAAUGCUAAACCUUUACUGAAAUGAGGAAAUGCUAAACCAUUAAUAACUGAGGACAUGAAGAUAACUUUAGGCCAAGAACAAACUGAGUCAACUGUUGACUGCCACCUGCAGGCUUUUUAAAUAAAUGCUACCUCCAGAAACAUUACUGAAGAAAACCGCUAUUAAGAAAACUUAACUACUAUAGUGCAUUUCCAGUUAGAAGAACAGCAGCCAUGAAUCCAAAGAGUUAAAUUUGCAUUUGUAAACAAAUUCUGUGAAAUAACAAGAAAUUGCAUUGGAUUUUCAGUAUGGGUCCCCCUGUAUCAGAAGAUAAUUGAAAUAGAAACUAGUCAAUUCCUGGCAAAAAAAAAUGCUGACUUUGUUCAAACUAUUCUUUUUCUCCAUUAUCCAAAAUAAAGAAAUUAAUAAGGUUUUUAAAUACUCAUUGUUUUUCAGGAGAAUACAAUUUUGACUGGAAAAUACUCUAUUAAUGGAAUAGAAAUGUUUUAAAAUUAGCCAGCAUCUUUAAUAUUGUAGUAUUCUUUAAUUAUACAGGAUGUUUCAUAGUUUCUCUCAGUAUAAUAACAUGAAAUAGUGCCCUCUGCAAUGUGGAUGUUGGUGGUGUGGAGGAUGUAAGAAUGUUGAUUGUGAGCUUUCAAAUGAAGAAUGAGCCUGGGGUGGGUGUUUCUUUGAGUUUCCAAGUUCUACUGUCCUUGCUGUCUAUUGAAAGUCACUGCUAUAAAACAAAGCCUCCUCUGUCUGUGUAGUCCUGCAACUUAAGAGAACUUCACUAGACAAUUUUGGAGCAAAAUUUACUGUAGUUAUGAUGACAUUUGGGGGUUGACUUCAGUGACUCUGAUAUUACUAAUUUGUAAUUUUGUGUCAGAUAUCAAUACAAAAUAAAUAUACUACUGAUAAUGAGUUUAGUUUUAGGUCUUUAUUAUAGUAGUAAAUAAAUUGCAUUUUAGGAAGUACAUGAAAUUAUACUAGGAGGGCUGUAAUGAACAGUAUACACACAUCAAAGCUGCUUCAAAAACUGUUUUAAUUAAUAAUAUUUGCUGCUUCUGUAUUUUUAUUGCCCGCACAAGGUGGUGUUCCUGACAAUACCCCUUACUCUCAAAUUUAUAUUAAUUUAGGUGUCAUAUCUGGAAGGUAGUCCGUCAUUAAUAUUCCUGCAAACUCAAAGAAUUCUUGAAAAUUUACAUUAUUGGUGAUUUCACAACAUCCUAGAACAUCUGCUUAGAUAUUAAUUGCUUUUGUUUUCAGUUCAUUCAAAAUCUUAAGUAUCUACAUCUUCUACCUCAGAAAAUGUCUUUUUAAUGUCAUGGUAGUUGCCUGAAACUGCUUUUUAUCAGAAGGUUUUCAGGCUACUAUAUUUUAUUUAGAGGGAAUAACAGCUUGCCUUUCUGCCUGAGAUAGUGUAGUUCACCAGAGUAAUCCAAUGGUCUAGGUGUGCCCUAAAACUAAGUUUUCUAUCUAUUUGUGAUGCAUUCUUUGGAUAAAAUGCAAAUAGUUAAAUUAUCUUUACUACAGUGCUUUAUGUAGAAGGUUAAACAUUUACCCACAAAUCACAACAUUUUAGUUUUAUAAAUGCGAAGUAUGUUAUACCAAUCUGUGCAGUUAUUAUAACUGAAAAGAGUUUAUAUUUACUUCCUAUGUUUUAGUCACAUUUUAUGAUCUUUUCAAAAAUACAAAUCCAGCAAUUAAAUGCACUUCACUGCUGUCAAAUUCCGUCUCCCACUGGCUGCAAGCUUAGUAGGGUCUGUCUCACUCCUACAGCUGCAUACUUUCCUACAGCAAAACAUGAAUGAUGCAAUGAACGCUAGUUUGCUUCUGAUGGGCAUUCUUUAUCUUAUGGUCACUAAUAAAUCUAAAUAACUUGCCCAAGUGAAAAAUUGUGUUAGCAUAUAUGUUGCAUUAUUGUUGCUGGGGGUUUGAAGUAGAUGAUGCUGUUCCUCUCAUAGUGAAUAUGUCAGAUCUUCCACUCUUAAGAGAGAGAUCUUCUUUCAGCAGCCAGUUGGGAAGCAAAACUCAAAAAUAGGUUGUGUAGGUACAUCUCACACAUAGAAAAUCAAGAUGUCAUCAAUGUCAUGAAAGGUGAAUAUAAUUUUUCAUUGUAUCACAGAAGCAGUUUGAUUUUGAUGCAGAGGAUGAUUCUGAUUACCUGCUUAUAUUGUUCCUCAACCCUGCAGCCACUAUUCUGUGGAUGUUAUUGGUUAACACAUUCCAUAUUGUACCAUUCAUUUAUGAAGUAAGCUCAAAUCGGGCACAUUGAAGUGAGAACACACUUCAAAGUAUUUCCCAAGAUUAUUUAUGAUGAAAUGUCACAAUCAUUUUUCUUGCCAUCUUUAAAGUAAUCAGGAAAUGGAUUUUCUGGGAAUAAAACUGAAUAUUAGAUUGCACAUAAGAUUAAUGAUACUCUAUAUUUUAAAAUCUAUUUCUGCUGUAGACACUGUAAUCUAUAAAUUCUAAUCUUGAGUUAAGCACAUCUAUUUUUUAAUCAUAACUAAUGAAGAUGAGAUUUUUAUAAUUUUAAUUGUUACAUUUAUAUCUUCAGUGUGAAAUUACAUUAUAAGAUUCUCUAUAAAUAAAAUUUUAGUUGCUCAUAACA